CAACUCUAAUUGUUUAGAAGGAUGCGAUUAAGUUUGCAGCAAAAAGUACAAUAUAUAUGAUGAGAAAAGUACUUGAUACGAUGUGAUUCAUUAGUGUGCGGUUUGUGUUGAGUUCAAUGCACAUGCAAGUCUCCUAUUUCAGUUUCACUUUUGCAAACGAAUCAGGAAACAGACGCAGCAUAACGUUAUGUGAUCUUACAAGCCUGUGAAGUUUAUGAUCAAAGUAUUUGCUCAUAAAGUGUAAGGAAUCGAAGCAGGUGUAAUGAUCAGUGAUUAUGGAAAACAGACUUGACGAGAACCACUCGACCACUCUGACGAAUAAACAGCGUGGGAAUGAGGUCACAGUCCGACCGGCCACUUUAGAUAACCUCUCAAUUCAUCAGCUGGCAGCCCAUGGAGAGAUUUCACAACUGGAGAUACAUUUAUCCAAAGACAGCUCUCUGCUUAACAGUCAAGAUGAGCGAGGUUUCACACCACUAAUGUGGGCUGCUGCAUUUGGAGAGAUAAUGGUGGUAGAGUUUCUCCUUCAGAAGGGAGCAGAUCCGAGAACACUAGCUCGGGAACGAGAAAGUGCCCUGUCUUUGGCCAGCGCAGGAGGAUUUGCAGAUAUUGUUAAUAUUCUCCUACAACAUGACAUUGAGAUUGAUUCCUAUGACUGGAAUGGUGGGACCCCUCUUCUCUAUGCAGUUCGUGGUAAUCACAUUAAAUGUGUUGAAGCUCUCCUAAGAUGUGGGGCAGAUAUCACGUUCGAGGCAGACUCUGGAUACAGUCCUGUUGCCCUUGCUGUUGCAUUGGGCCACAAAAAAGUGCAAAAAAGUCUUGAAGAUCACAUUUUGAAGCUGUUUCGGGGACCAGUUUCAGUGUCGGAGAACACAUGAAGCAAAGGACUGCUCUUUGAAGACUUUACAAUAAUCCUCCAUACUGUAUAGCUUUAUUUUGACAUGAAAGAAAGAACAAUCUGUUUUUCUACUUUUUU